AUGAAGACCAUUGCAGUUGCAGGAGGAACGGGGGGCGUUGGUAGCACCAUUGUCGACGGCCUCGUCGAGUAUGGUAAACACAAGGUCUAUGUCCUCUCCCGAACGGAACGGCCGUCACAUGGAGGUGUCAACUAUCUCAAGGUUGAUUAUAAUGAUACCGAUGCCGUCGCUGAGGCCUUCGAAAAGGUCGGGGUUAAUAUUGUGAUCUGCGCUAUCAGCGUACUCUCGCCGGCAACCAACCAAGCACAAAAGAACCUCAUCCGCGCAGCCGAACGAUCAACGUCUACAGAGCGUUUUGUCAUCAGUAGCUUUGACGUUCUGCAAGUCAAAGAGGACAUUGAGCUAUCUCCUCUGGCACGUUACGUUUUUGAAGCUAUUGAUGAGCUGGAGAAGACCAAGCUUGCAUACACGCGUAUCGCUAACGGCUGGUUCCUUGACUAUUACGGCAUGCCAGUUUGGAAAAGUCACCUCGAACCGUGGAUCAACAUUCUCAACAUGAAAAGCAAAUGGGCAGUGAUUCCUGGCGACGGAAGUAUCCAAUGCAGUUUCAUCACCUCCCAAGACAUGUCGAAAUUUGUUGCCCGCUUGAUGGACUUGCCAAAAUGGAAUACCGUCAGCGCGAUCACUGGCAACACGCUAUCAUACAACGAACUCGUAGAGAUGGCAGAAAAGGCUCGAGGAUGCAAGUUCCAGAUCGGAAACGACAGCCAGGAGAAGCUCAAGUCGGGGAAAAUCUCGUUCUUCCCCGACUACCCCUCCAUUGGACACGGGGAAGGCGACGAGGCCUUUUUUGCCAUGAUUCAUUAUCAAGCUUCCCUCGGCCGGUAUCUGGUGCCGAGAGAGUACCCACCCCUGGAUUCUGAGUUUCCAGAUCUGAGGAUUACUACGCCUUUGGAGGUUAUGGAAACAGGUUGGAAAGCCGAAUAG